CCCAACCUACUUCUUCAAUCCCUCCCCAUUCUCAAGGUCUAAUCUCUUAUAUAAAUACCCAAACCCCCUUAUUAAAAUAAACCCACAACUUUGCUUACAACACAUUCUUUCUUCUUCACUGUUCCUGUCUUUGCUUACUCACCCCUUAUAUAUCUGUUUUCUCAAGUAGGGGAGAAAAUAUGAGCAGGCCAGGAGACUGGAAUUGCAGGUCAUGCCAACACCUCAACUUCCAAAGGAGGGACUCAUGCCAGCGCUGUGGAGAACCAAGACCUGGUGGUGGUGACAGAGGCGGCGACUAUGGAAGCUUUGGUGGCAGGGGUGGCUCAUCUUUCGGGUUUACUGGACCCGAUGUUAGGCCUGGUGACUGGUAUUGCACUGUGGGCAACUGCGGUGCUCACAACUUCGCCAGCAGGUCGAGCUGCUUCAAAUGUGGUGCAGCCAAAGAUGAAUCAUCUGGAGGAUUUGAAAGUGACAUCCCACGUAUGAGGGGUUAUGGUUUUAGCACUGGCAGCUCUAGUCGCUCUAACUGGAAAUCUGGAGACUGGAUUUGCACGAGGUCGGGUUGCAAUGAACACAACUUUGCCAGCAGGAUGGAAUGUUUCAGAUGCAAUGCACCAAGGGACUCCACCCACAAAUCUUCAUACUAAUUAAUAAAAUUUUCAUUUUUGGGUACUGCAGUCCCAAGAGAGAGAUCAGACAAGGCAAUCCCAGAUCUUGCUUUCUUUUUCUUUUGUUUGUUUCUUUAUUUUAGAUCUUUAGAUGAAUCAUGUUUGAAAGACUUCAGUUGAAGUACUUAAGCUAAUAUUAAAGUACAUAGGGCAUGCAUGUAAUUGAUGUAUGGUAUCAGCAAUGUUAUAUCAGUGUCUUUGUGCCUUUUUCUUUUUU